UUGUCAGAGGCAUUUCAAGCCGCGCAGCAGCUGGGAGCGCUAACUUAAUUUCAGUCCUGAGUGCAAAGGUGUUAUUAACAUCCACGCUCCAUCAUGCUCAAAGUGCAGUUUUUUACGUUCUGCCUGGCUGCCUCCCUUGUGACUUUAGCCCAUACAAUUCCCCUCGAGUCUAAAGAUGCUUGGAAGUCUUUGGAAAACCCAAGAAACAGGGAGUUGUUUUUCCGAACACUUCAAGCUUAUUUUUCUGGGAGAGGUAUUGACGUUGGGAAGAUUUCUAAAUCUCUUAGGAUGGACAACAGGAGACCAUUCAAAGCAGCUGCUCUUUACCCGGACCACAUCGCCUCUGCCUUUUCUGACUAUGAAGGCCAGAAGGAUUCUGUUGCAGCAUUCUUGAAAGGAUGACUAUAGUGACAUCUAACAGCAACUGAUUAUCUCAGCAGCCGAGAAUUAAUCAUGAUUUCACUUCAGUCACAGCCUCCUUCACAUCUUCUUCACUCUCCUGUUCAAAUUGUAUUUUCCUUUCGUUUGAAUUGUUUUCUUGAAAUGAUUUUACCGCUUUAUGUAAUACUUGACCGUAUUUAUCUACCAUGUGUUUCAUUAGAAAAAUUAUUUUGUGUGUUUAGAUGCUAUUUUGCUUUGAUUCAUGCCUUUUAUUGCCUUCAUAUGCACACGUGAUGCAAAGUUUGCAUCCCCACAUUGUGGCAUUUCAAUGUAGUUGUAAAUAAUGUUAAGUCAA